AUGGCUAGGCACCAAUUACAAGUUCUUAGCGCACUUGAUGGAGCCAAGACCCAACUCUACCACUUCACAGCGAUUGUGAUCGCUGGUAUGGGUUUUUUUACCGAUGCCUACGAUCUCUUCUCCAUCUCCGUCAUCACCAAGCUACUCGGUCGCAUUUACUAUUACAAACCUGGCUCACCCACUCCUGGUUCAUUGCCUCCAAAUGUAAGCUGUGCCGUCAGCGGUGUGGCUUUGUGCGGAACCCUCGCCGGCCAGCUCUUCUUCGGCUGGCUCGGAGACAAGAUGGGUCGAAAGCGUGUGUAUGGUGUCACGCUUUUGCUUAUGGUUGUCUCCUCCAUUGCCUCUGGCCUCUCCUUCGGCAGCACUGCCAAAGGUGUCAUGGCCACCUUAUGUUUCUUCAGAUUCUGGUUAGGAUUUGGCAUUGGAGGGGACUACCCAUUAUCGGCAACCAUUAUGUCCGAGUACGCAAACAAGAAGACCCGAGGUUCCUUCAUCGCUGCUGUCUUUGCCAUGCAAGGGUUUGGGAUCUUGGCUGGUGGGAUAGUUGGUCUUAUUGUUUCUUCAGCAUUCGAGGCCAAAUAUCCUGCUCUCCCUUACAACCUUGACCCUGCCGGCUCCACCGUGGCUUCCUCCGACUACGUAUGGCGUAUAAUCUUGAUGGUGGGUGGCAUACCCGCGGCACUCACUUACUAUUGGCGUAUGAAGAUGCCUGAGACUGCUCGUUACACCGCCCUUGUUGCUCGGAAUGCAAAGCAAGCUGCAGCAGAUGUGGCAACUGUCUUGCAGGUGGAGAUAGAAGCAGAACAAGACAAAGUGGAGAGGAUGUCACAGGAGGCCGUCAACAAUUACGGCUUGUUCUCCAAAGAGUUCACUCAUCGCCAUGGGCUUCACUUGGUUGGAACCGCCAUGACAUGGUUUCUACUUGAUGUUGUAUUUUAUAGUCAGACUCUAUUCCAGAAGGACAUCUUCGCAGCAGUUAAAUGGCUACCUUCUGCGAGUACCAUGAGUGCACUUCAAGAGCUUUACAUGAUUUCCAGGGCACAAACCAUCAUAGCCCUAUGUGGUACCAUUCCUGGGUACUGGUUUACAGUGGUUUUCAUUGAUUAUAUGGGGAGGCUCAAAAUUCAAUUGAUGGGUUUCUUCUUCAUGUCAGUGUUCAUGUUUGGGCUUGCCAUUCCUUACCCUUAUUGGCCAGCACACCAAGCUGGAUUUGUAGUCAUGUAUGCCUUCACCUUCUUCUUCGCCAACUUUGGGCCUAACUCCACAACCUUUGUGGUGCCAGCCGAAAUAUUCCCAGCUAGGCUUAGGUCGACUUGUCAUGGUAUAUCAGCAGCAACCGGGAAGGCAGGAGCAAUUGUCGGAGCAUUUGGGUUCUUAUAUGCUGCAGAGUCACCGAACCCUAAACUUGAUGAUGCAGGGUACCCACCUGGUAUUGGUGUGCAGUAUGCCCUGAUUGUGCUUGGUGUGGUCGACUUCUUUGGCUUCAUGUUUACGUUCUUGAUUCCUGAGGCCAAAGGAAAGUCCAUUGAGGAAAUGUCUGGUGAUCGAGAGAGAGAGAGAGAGAGGCAGUCUUCUUCUUCCUCUUCUUCUUCUUCCCUCGUCGAAAGAUGCAGUAGCAUCGAUAGCUGCAAUAGCAGGUCGUCGCCUCGUCGGAGAAGCAGCAGAUCCAAGCAGAUCCGAGAGUUUCGGAUCUCAGGACGACUUCAGAUCUUGAGUUUCAGAUCUUGAGUUUCGGAUCUUGAGCAGACUUUGGUACUCUUGAUUCUCACACACGCCCAGCACGCUUCCUCCCUUGGUUCGGUUUUUGCGCAUCAUCCAUUUGCAGGAAGAAGAGGAAAGCAGAUCCGAGUAGAUCUGAAUUUCUGAAAGCGUCCGAAGGAUACAAGUGAUCUAUAGGACAAUGGCGUUUUUGAAAGUGGUAGAUGAUGGUAGAGAUAUGGAUCAUGACCCAGGGGGAGGAAGACCGCCGGAUAGGGGCAGGCAACUUCGCCUUACUGAUUUCUGGAAACCUAAAUUAAAGGAUGCAUCAGAAGCG